AUGAGCUUUUUUUUCAAUACUUUAGCUUUACAAUCACACACUAUUACAAGUACGACCACAGCAACAACCUCGACAACAACAUCAGCAACUACGACAACAACGACAACGACAACAUCGACGACAGCAACUACGACAACAACCUCAACGACAACGACAACUACAACAACUACUACAGAAACUACAACUACAACGACAACGACUUCUACGACAACAACUUCGACUUCAACAACAACUUCAACAACAACAACUACGACGACGACAACUUCAACU